AUGGAGGGGUUCAGGGGAGCUCCCAGGUUCCUGGCCUACCCACGUGCCUUCACGGUGCGAAGCGGCACCAACGCGGUCCUGAGCUGCCAGAUCACGGGCGACCCCCGGCCGAGCAUCCUCUGGGAGAAGGACAAGAUCCCAAUCGAGCCCUCGGGCCGCUUCCACGUGGAGGCCAAGGGGGACCUGUACAGCCUGCUGGUGUCCCGCGCCACCCCCCAGGACAGCGGGCUCUACAUCUGCAAGGCCAAGAACAGUGUUGGCGAGACCUACGCUGCUGCCACGCUCAAGGUGGAGGCAGGGGAGCCCCAAGAGGAGGAGGGAUGCUCGGGCAGUGAGGCGCCUGCCUUCCUGGUUGCCCCCUCAUCCAUGCGGGUGUGCCGGGGGGAGGACGUGAUGUUUGCCUGCAGGGUGUCUGGGCAGCCCUGCCCUGUGCUGGAGUGGGAGAAGGACGGGCACAAGCUCUCCGACCUCUUCGAGAGCAGCCACUUCGCAGUGGGGCAGGAGCCGGAGGACUGGUACUUCCUGAAGCUGUUUGGCGCCCGGCCGCCGGACGGGGGGGUGUACGUGUGCCGGGCACGCAGCGGCUCCCAGGAGGCCUUGGCCGCUGCCGUGCUCCUGGUCGAACCCAGGGCACCGCCGGACGGGCUCCCUGAUGGCUCUCCUGCUGAUGGCCCCGAGCUGCUGGCGGAGCAACAGCAGCGGCGGUGGCGGCACGCAGCGGGACGGCGUGUGGGACCAGAGACCUGGGUGCCCAACAGUGCGGUGCCGACCGGGGCGCCAAGGGCCAAGGCGUUCGCCGUGAGCGUGGGGAAGCACGCCAAGUUUCGCUGCUACGUUACCGGCAAGCCCAAGCCAGAGAUCAUCUGGCAGAAGGACGGUGAGCCCCUUGCCCCUGGCCGCAGGCACCUCAUCUACGAGGACCGGGAGGGCUACUUCAUCCUCAAGGUGCUGUACUGCAAACCCCAGGACCAAGGGCUGUAUGUCUGCACCGCAUCCAACACUGCCGGCCAGACCCUCAGUGCAGUGCAGCUCCGGGUGAAAGAGCACCGGCUGCGGUUCCAGGUGCAGCUGGCGGAUGUGGAGGUGGCAGAGCGGGAGGAUGCCGUGCUGGAGUGCCAGGUGCCGCUGGAGACCAUCCCCACCGCCUGGUACCUGGAGGACAGGGAGCUGCAGCCCAGCCACAAGUACAUGAUGGAGGAGCGAGGUGUGGUGCGGCGCCUGACCAUCCGCGAUGCCCGCACCGAUGAUGACGGCAUCUACCUCUGCCAGAUGAAGGACAAGGGGCGCAGCAUCGCAGAGGUCUCCGUCCGAGGGAUGAUCGUGAAGCGGCUGCCGCGGAAGUUGGAUGUGAUGGAGGGGGAGAACGCGGUUUUCUGCUUGGAGACGCGGGAGGCAGUGGAGGGGACCUGCUGGCGCCGGGACGGGCUGCAGCUGCGGGAGUCGCCCCGCACCGUGCUGAAGAGCUUCGGCAGGACGCACCUCCUGGUGCUGGUGCACGUCACCCGCCAGGACGCGGGCAUCAUCUCCUUUGCUGUCGGGGAGUCGCAGACGUCCUCCCAGCUCCGGGUCAAGUGUGUGAAGCGUGACCCCCCGAGCGCGCCGGUGGCAGCCGAGAUGAGCGUGGCGGAGAGCAACACGGCCCUGCUGGCCUGGUGCCCCGCGCCCGACGCCCACCUCCGUCCCCCCAGCCGCUACCUGCUGGAGCGGCGGGAGGUGGCGGGGGACGAGUGGGUGCAGUGCCUCGCCACUGACCUGCCUGGCCGCGUGCGGGUGCUGGGCGACAGCGUGCCCCGCGAGGCCGACUACUGCUUCCGCAUCUGCGCCGCCAACGAGCACGGCAGGAGCAGCCCCGUGGAGUUCCCCGGAUCUGUGCAUCUUGCUCGCCUGGAGAGGGGUCUGCAGGACAUACAGGUGCAGGACGGCGAGGACGCGCCGUUCUCCCUGGAGCUGUCGGCCGCGGUGCAUGGCACCUGGUUCCUUGAUGGUGCCAGGCUGGGCGAGGAGGAGGAGGCAGGCGGCCGGUGCAGCGUGCAGCACCGUGGGACAGAGCACUCGCUGCUGAUCCGGGGAGCACGGCUGGCCGACAAUGGGGCCCAGGUCACCUUCGUGUCCGGCAGUGUGCGGGACUCAGCCAUGCUGCACGUGCAAGCCCCGCAGGUCCGCAUCACCCCGGUGCCUGAGGACGAGCGGCUCCGGGAGGUGCCAGCGGGGCUGCCCGUGCUGCUGGAGUGCCAGGACAGCGAGGCCGUGCCCCUGGACGACGUUAUUGCAGUGCAGGAAGAGGGCUGUGUGCGGAGGCUGCUCCUCCGCUCGGCGGGUCCCUCGGACGCCGGUGUGUACACCUGUGAUGCUGGGGAUGAUGCCGUGAGCUUCGUGGUGACCGUGACCGAGGCACCAGUGAGGAUCGUCAGCUCCAACGAGGAAGCCCCCCACGCCUACAUGGCCGGGCAGCGCGUGGAGCUGUGGUGCCAGCUGUCCCGCCUGGCAGCCCCGGUGCGCUGGUACAAGGACGGGGAGGAGGUGGAGGCGGGCGAGAGCCUGGUGCUGGAGCAGGAAGGGCCGCGGCACCGGCUGGUGCUGCCCUGCGCCCGGCCACAGGACACGGGGGAGUUCGUCUGCGAUGCUGGCGGGGACUCUGUCUUCUACACCGUCACUGUGGCAGAGGCACCGGUGAGGAUCGUCAGCUCCAACGAGGAAGCCCCCCAUGCCUACAUGGCCGGGCAGCGCGUGGAACUGUGGUGCCAGCUGUCUUGCCCGGCAGCCCCGGUGCGCUGGUACAAGGACGGGGAGGAGGUGGAGGCGGGCGAGAGCCUGGUGCUGGAGCAGGAGGGGCCGCAGCGCCGGCUGGUGCUGCCCUGCGCCCGGCCACAGGACACGGGGGAGUUCGUCUGUGACGCUGGCGGGGACUCUGUCUUCUACACCAUCACUGUGGCAGCCCCACAGGUCCACAUAGCCCCGGUGCCCGAAGCACAGCAGCUCCAGGAGGUGCUGGCAGGGCUGCCUGUGCUGCUGGAGUGCCAGGUGUCCCCCCCAGAUGCCCCUGUCCGCUGGCUGAAGGACGGCGAGGCGGUGGUCCCAACCGAGGUCCUGGCCAUCUGCUCAGAGGGAUGCUCACGGAGGCUGCACAUCCCUGCAGCCGUGCUGUCCGACUCGGGGAUGUACACCUGCGAUGCUGGGAAUGCUGCUGCCAGCUUCAGGGUGACCGUGAGCGAGGCACCGGUGAGGAUCAUCAGCUCCAACAAGGAAGCCCCCCACACCUACAUGGCCGGGCAGCGCGUGGAGCUGUGGUGCCAGCUGUCCCGCCCAGCGACCCCGGUGCGCUGGUACAAGGACGGGGAGGAGGUGGAGGCGGGCGAGAGCCUGGUGCUGGAGCAGGAAGGGCCGCGGCACCGGCUGGUGCUGCCCUGCGCCCAGCCGCAGGACACGGGGGAGUUCAUCUGUGACUCCGGGGAUGCGUCUGUCUCCUACCACAUCUUGGUGGCAGAGCCGCCAGUGAGGAUCCUGCACCCUCCGCAGCGCUCGCUGGAGCUGCCGGUGCAGGCACCGGGGCGCGUGGAGCUGCGAUGCGAGCUCUCCGUGCCGGAUGCUCCCGUGCGCUGGUUCAAGGAUGGGCUGGAGGUGGACGAGACCGACAACCUGCUGCUGCUGGCGGAGGGGGCUUGGCGCUGCCUCCUCAUCCCCAGGAGCAGCGCGGAGGACGCAGGCGAGUACAUCUGCGAGAGCAAGGAUGAGGCCAUCUCCUUCGACGUCAAGGUGUCAGAGCCGCCGGUGAGGAUCCUGCAGCCCCACAGACCUCUCCCUGUCGUGACGGUGUCCCCGGGGGAGACGGUGACGCUGGCCUGUGAGCUGUCCCGCGCGGAUGCGCCUGUGUGCUGGGCCAAGGAGGGCGUCAGGCUGGAGGCUGGGGGCAGCCUGGUCCUGGAGGAGGAGGGUGCCCACCGCCGCCUGCUCAUCCCCGCGGCCCGAGCCGAGCACUCUGGGAAAUACGUCUGCGAUGCCACCGAUGACGCAGUGACCUUCACCGUCCAAGUGCUGGACCCGCUGGUCAGGAUCCUGGAGAGGGAUGUCCUGCCGAUCCGCCGGCAUUGCCGGGCCAUGGAGGACCUAGUGCUGGAGGUGCACCUCUCGCAUGCCCACGGGGAGGUGAAGUGGUACAAGGACGGGGAGAAGCUGCAGGACACGGGGUGUGUGCGGCUGGAGGAGGAUGGGGCGCGCCGCUCCCUCGUUGUCCUGGGCGUCACAGGCAGGGACGCAGGGGAGUAUCUCUGCGACACUGGCGACGACAGCAUCGUCUUCUUCGUCACCGUGGAAGUCCCCAGGGUGGUGGAGAUCAUCACGGAGCUGCAGAGCCUGACAGUGCUGGAGGGGGAGGAUGCCACCUUCAAGUGCCUGGUGUCUCCCGAGGACGUGGCCGUGACCUGGCAGCUGAACGGCCAGCUCGUGGUCCCUGGUGAGCGGCUGCUGGUGACAAGGAGCAGGCUGUGCCACAGCCUCACCCUCCGGCAGUGCCAGCUGGGUGAUGCGGGCACCGUGACAGCCAACGCCGAGGGGCUGGUGAGCACGGCCCGGCUGAGCGUGCAAGAAGCGCAGGUGCUGUUCGUGAGGAAGCUGCAGGACGUGGUGGCGGAGGAGCAGGGGGACGUGUGCCUGGAGGUGGAGGUGAGCCACGAGACCGCCGAGGUGCAGUGGCUGAAGCAGGGCGUCCUCCUCCAGCCGGGCAGCAAGUACCAGCUGCAAGAGUCGGGCUGCCGGCGCACCCUCACCAUCCGCUGCCUCGGCCCCGCCGACCACGGCACCUACCGCUGCGAAAGCCUGCAUGACCGCACACAGGCCAAGCUCUGCGUGGAGCCCCAGAAGGUGUCGAUCCGGACGCCGCUGGCAGAUGUGGAGACCUUUGAGAAGGAGACGGCCACCUUCCACCUGGAGCUGUCUCACCCCGGGGUGUCCGGGGUCUGGACGCGGGACGGCAUCCGGGUGAAGCCCAGCAGCACGUGCCAGAUCAGUGCCACAGGCUGCGGGCACAGCCUGACGCUGGAGGGGCUGACACUGGAGGACUCGGGCACCGUCACCUUCACCGCUGACACCCUGCGCUGCAGUGCCCGCCUGCUUGUGCGAGAGCCUCCAGUUACUAUGGUGAGGGUCCCGCGGGACCUGGGGGUCCUGGAGACGGGGAUCGCCAGCUUCGAGUGCGAGCUGUCUCGCCCCAGCGCAGAGGUGAAGUGGCUCAAGGACGGGCAGGAGCUGCGGCCGGGGCCCAACUGCCGCACCUACUCAGCGGGUCGGCGCCGCGUCCUGCAGCUGAGCCGCUGCGAGCUGGCCGAUGCCGGCAUCUACACCUGCGACGCGGGCGACUGCCAGGCCUCCGCCACGCUGCAUGUCCAGGAGCGCCAGGUCCGCAUCGUGCAGGACCUGCAGGAUGCCCAGGUGCGGGAGGGUGACAACGCCGUCUUCACCUGCGAGGCAUCGCACGGGGACGUGAAGGGCGAGUGGUUCCGGGAUGGGGAGAAAAUCAAGGUCUCCACCACGGUGAAGAUACGGCAAGAAGGGACCUGGCAUUUCCUGCUGCUCUGCGGCGUGUGCCCCGAGGAUGCGGGACUCAUCCGCUUCACGGCCGGGACGGCUGUCUCGGAGGCCAGCCUGCAGGUGGAAGCGCUGCCCAUCCGGAUCGUGAAGCCACUGCGGGACAAGACGGUGCUGGCGCGGCACAAGGCGACGCUGGAGUGCACCGUGUCCCACGCCCGGGGCCGGGUGCGCUGGCUCCGCGGGGACACCGAGAUCUUUGCCAGUGACAAGUACGAGAUCUGCAAUCUGGACUGCUACCGCACGCUCAUCAUCCACCGCGUGGGCCCCGAGGACGAGGACUCGUACACCUGCGACGCCUUCGAUGACCGCUCCACUGCCCGGCUCCUCGUGGAGGGGAGCUAGGAGCCAGGAUGCGGUGCUCAGGAGCUGGACACAGACAGACGGACGUCGCUGCUGGGAGAUGGGCUCAUGCUUCCCCCAGGAUGUAUGGACACACGGACACCAUCCCCAGCCUGCUCCGGCCUCAGGGCUCUGCAUUAAACAGCAUUUUUUUCUGA